AUGUCGAGGGGUAAGUGUUUUGUUAUUAUUUUGUUCGAUGUUUAGAACUGCAAAAUGAGAUGAAGGUGGAGUAGGCCUAUAAAGUUAGGUUAUGAUCGGUAUAGGCCUAGAAAGAUAAGUUAUGGUUGUCAUAGGUCGAUAAAGCUAAUUUGCGAUUGUGAUAAUAGGCCUAUAGGUAUAAGAUUUCUGUAGGCAUUAUUAGUGCCUUCGCAAAGGCGUUUAAGACAGAUUUAGGCUUAUAAAGAAAACCUAAUAUAGGCAUAAACUUGCAAAGGCGAGGGGAGAAAGGUUCAGGCUUAUCAAAGACAUGUAAUAUACGUGUAGGCUAUUAAACAGGGAUUUAGGCUUAUGAAGACUAUAUAAGUCUUUUGUUAUCUAAGCUUUUUGGUUAUCCAAACCUAUAUCAGCUUAAAAAACGGUUUGAAAAAGGUAUAUGUCUUAUGAAAGUCUUUCAAGAUAAUUAUAGACUUGCUUAGCAUUACUAUUGUAUCCUAAGGGAAAAUAAAUAUUGUAUCAAUCCCAGCAUGUAAUUUGCUAUUUUUCAGAUCUAACAUGUAACGAGUCGCUUCCAGACGAUGGGAAUGGGUUUUCGGUAAGCUUUUUUAUUAUUUUUAUUGGUUUUUAGGUAAAAAAACGUGUUUUUGUGUGAGGAAAAUGUUAAAAACGGCAUUUUGAAGGCGUUUUGAGGCUAAAUAUUGAUCUUUAAGUUACAUUUUUGGACGUAUUUUUAAAGUUUUAAUUCAAAAACUUGAGUUUUUAAAAGUUUCGUACUUACAUGUUUAAUAUUUAUACUUUUUUAAGCUUAAGAAUUACAAAAAAAUGUUUUAUACCUAAAAAUACCUUUUAAAUUUCAAUAUUUUAAACUAAAACUGUCGUAUUUAUACCUAAACACUAAAUAUAUAAAUUUUAGCCAUCACAAAACCGCCAGUUCCAAAACCAGAAUAUUCAACAGCACGCAACCAGCUCGAUGCAAGCCAUCCGAGACCAGAUCCUGGCUCAACAGCAGCAAAACCAGAUGAGCCAGCUGAACUCACAAGCAACAAACUUUCUAGUCAGUUGUUUUUAAUCAAUUCGAGUGAUAAGAGAAGAAAGGCAACUUCAAAGUACUCUUUGUUUGCCUGUUAUUGUUUUUGACAAAGUUUUAGAUUUUUGGCCAGUCGGGAUUGAUUUUGAGGAUUUUAGGGGCUGAUAUAGGCUUAUAAAGCCAAAUUAUGAUUGAUAUAUGACUAUAGAUUGAUUUUGAGGGUUUCAGGUAACAAAAUGGGCAAAAAUUUUCUAUUAUUUGACAAUGUGAUAUAAGUUAUUUGACAAGUGUAAUAUACGGUAAUUUUGUUUCAGAAUCAACCACAACGAGCUGCAUCAGCGAUGCCAUCGAUGGAACAGCUAAACGCACAACUUAACCAACAACAAUCCCAGUCUACUAAUCAAUUUUACGGUUUAGGUAUGGAUUUUUAAUUUUUAUUGGUUUUUAGGUAACAAGUUGGAGGAAACUGAAGCUUAGUUAAUUUUUAGGUAACAAAUUAGCAAAAAACGCAUUUCUGCUUAUAAAACCACAUUUUGUAGAUCAACGAGCCUCGGUGUUACAAAACAAUCUAGUAGCCCAAUACCUACAACGUCAAAGCCUUGAAACCAUGCCCACAGCUAGUCUAGCACAAGCCCUGUUAGCCCAGCAGUCCAAUAUUUACAACGCCUUACCCCAACUACAACAACUCUCCAGUAGUCUCAAUAUGCAAUCGAAUCUAGGCCAACAGCUGAAUCUGGCACGGCUUCAGAACACGGCUAGUCAGUUGGAGCAGCUUCAGAACUAUCAACAACAAAAUCACGGUGAACUAACGACAGAACAACGGGUACUCUUAUUACAGUUAUUACAAAGUCAAAAUCAACAAAGGGCUGGCCUGAAUUCUAGCCUAGCCAAUACUGGAUUGAAUUCUAGUUUAGGGAGUUCGGGACUAUCUAAUUCAGGAUUGUCACAGUCUGGACUAUCGAGCUCUGGCCUAACACAACCUUCGGCCUUGGCACAGCUACAGACUAGCCAAAACUCAGCCUUGUCCCAGCUACAAACUAGUCAAAGUCCAGCCCUCUCCCAGCUACAGACUAGUCAGAAUUCUGGUCUAUUACCUAAUAGUCAACCUUCAAUAUCACAGCUUCAAGCUUCACAGAACUCAGCGCUAAAUCAUCUACAGACUAGCCAAAACUCGGCCUUGUCUCAGCUUCAAACUAGCCAGAAUUCUGCGUUAAGCCAGCUACAGUCCACUCAAGUGUUAUCACAACUUCAGUCCAGUCAAUCGUCGGCGUUGGCUCAAUUACAAAACCAGAAUUCUAGCCAAGCUAACAAUUUAGUCCAGCAGGUUCAGGAACAAAGCUUAAAUCAGGCUAGGCUAUUGAGUCAGUUGAGUACGAUGAGCGCGAAUCAGCUAGCGGAUUUGGUACAGAAUCCACUGAAUUCUGGACUACUACAGAGGACACAGUUCAAUCAACAGGCGAGCAUACAACAACAAUAUCUACAACGACCGUUUACUCCACAAGUGGUACCUCAGCAGUUGGAGAGCAAGCUUCAGGUAGGAUUUUACUUUUCAAAACACUGCGCUUUGCUGUAUUUAAUCCUACCGUACCCUACCAUACUCAAACCUACUCCUAUAUACCCUACCCUUUCUUAUAUCAAACUUACCUAAAAAUUUUCAGGCCGUGAAAAGAAUAGCCGAGCUCCGUGAAUCCUGGUCGAAAUUCGGCCAAAAAGACGAACCAACCUCAAGUCAAAUGGAGCCCGCAUCGACUAGUCGACCUCACGCUGCCUCGCCCAGAUCAGCUAAAAGGCCACAUUCCCCAGCCAAAGAGACGAGUAAGGCCGAGGAAACGCUACGUGAAUUCGAAAAGGUUAGAGCUGCCUUAGGGACGGAAGAACAACAGAAACUACUGGAUCUUCUGAAGUCAAUGCAAAAUCGACCUCAAAGCACAGGUAUGGGAGUGUUUUGAUUUGGUUGUAACUUUUUUUAAAAGGACAGCUAAGGCUAUGUUCUCCUGGCUGUAACGUUAUGAAAAGUAUAGGUAUGGCUGCUUUGUCUGGGCUGUAACUUUAUGAAAAGUGUAGGUAUAGACAUAAAAAUUUGUGUGAUGGUAGCCAGUUUUAUUUGCUAGCCAAUUUUUAAAAAUGAUCAAAAAAACUUUGGAAUUUAUUUUUAAAAUUUUGUAUUGACCUCAUUAAAAAUGGCAGAGCUAUGACAAUUUGAAAGAGUUGAAACAGCAAAAAAUCUUGAUUUUGGCUCGAAAAUUGAGGAUCUUUGACAUUUUAUAGGGAUGUAACUUCGAUUUUACGUUAAAUAAUAUUCUUAUCUUUCUUGCUUUAUAUUGGGGCUGCAUUAUUGUUACCUAAAAUGUUUAUCUUACUUUGGGUUAUCAAGUCUUUCAAAGGUUUUGGCUAAAAAUCUUAAAAAACCUACUAAUUUUAUCAAAAAUCACCCUAUAAUACUCUUCUUUUCAGCUCCUCAAGCCCAACCCUCGACGCUAACACAAAAUCAUCUGCUUCAGAAAACUUUAGAAAUCACGGAAAAGCUUCGACAAGAACGUGAACGACAGGAAAAGCAACAAAUGCUAAUGUCGUCGAGUACGGACUCGAUACGACCAAUGGUACGGCAUGUUCCCGGGGAGGAGAUUUUUGAAAGUUUGCCGAAGAAGAGGUUGAGGAAACAACAGUUUGAAUCUGAACAAGGUGAAGCGGAUCAUAAGCCUGUCAAUGGCCUUGGACACUUCCCUGGGGGAAUGUAAGUUGGUUUAGGUUAGGGUGGAUAAGGUUAUUGAGGGAAAUUUAGGAGAAAUUGAGGUUUUUUAGGUGUUUAAAAGGAAUUUUUAGGUAACAAAUGAAAUUUUAAAGCCAAUUUUAACAUUUUCAGGCAGCCAAUCCUACCUCAGUCAGCAACUCCAUCUCAAAUUCAGCAUUUUUCCCAGCCGAAUGUCCCAAUAUCAGUUCAUCAAUCACCUGAUUUACCGAGGAAGAGAGGCCGACCAAGAACCAAUCCACUGUCAGUCAAGACCCCAAGAGUUCCAAAACAACCAAAAGCAGUCAAAGAUGCCAUUGGGGAUCUGUUUUUGAAACCCACUUUGCUACAAUCACCUGGGGAUACUGGUAAGGUUUUUUGAAAAAAUAGAUAUUGGGGGGGGGGAGUGGUAAAAAAUUGAUUUUUCUUAAGAUGGACAAAGGGAAAUGAAGUCAUUUUUUGAGGUACAAUAUUUGAAAAAAAAUUUUUUUUUGUUACCUAAAAAUUAAUUUUUUAAAAAAUAAUCUACAGGGGGACCAAGUUCAAUAUUUAAAAAAAUUUUUUUUGGCUCAAUUUUUCAAAUUUCCACCUACUUCAAUGCCAAAUUUUAACAAUUAUGUACUCCUAUUUCUAGCCAUUUCCCCAGCCGGAGUAAAGAAAAAGCUAAACAAGAAGCCAAAGGACGAGUUACUAAAAUCCCCACCCAAAGUGAAAUCCGCCUCAACCUCGGCCAGUUCAUCAUGUUCAGCUACGCCCUUAGCCUCACCAAUCCCAGUACCGAAAAAGAAUGGCAAAGAGAAGACGGUGACGGAUUUGGCAAAGGUUCUGAAGGAUCGCUUCCCUGAGUUAAGGGCCUUGGACGAGCUGGAGCUGAACACGGUCAAAGCGUUGGCAGCGUUUUAUGAGAAGGGGAAGGAGACGCAGGAUAAGGUAGGGUUUUUGGGGAUUUGAUGGGUAUGGAAUUUAAAUUUCAAAAUUAAAAAAAAUUUUUUUAAACUUUUUUUUGAAAAAAAUGUUUUUUUAAAAUUUUUUUUUCAAAAUCUUGCUUUUAAUCCCAAAAAUUUCCAGAAAUUUGAAAAGUACGAUGAAAUAGAAGAAGAGCCAGAAACCGACGAAGAACCAAACCUAGCCGACUUUGUAGAAGGUGUCCUACCAGGGGGACUGAAUGGCCUCGAAGAGUUGCGACAAGAAUGUGAAAAGACAGGAAAAGCACCAAUAGCACUAAAAAUACUGGACACGGUAUUCAAAAACGAUGAUUUAUUCGACUUGGCGAAGGUUCAGAUGUACGCAAAUUAUUUGGUCAGAGAGAAGCCGAGGUUAGGCCCGUUGGAUAUUGUUAAGGACACAGAAUCGGUAGGGCUUUUGAAACAUUUUUCAUGUUUUUAGGUAUUAAACUGCAUUUUUUAGUCGUAAAAAUGACUUUUUCAGGAUUUUUUUGGCUGAAACAAGAUUUUUUUUUGCUUGAAAAACGUUACUUUAUAGUCCUCUUUUUGACCUAAAAACCUUAAAAUUUUUCAUUUGCCUUCAAAAACUACUAAAGAUUAUUUUUUUUCGUUCUUAACCUCACCCUACCCAUUUCCAGGCCAGACUAGAAAAGAACAUAGCUCUAAUGGGUCUCCACGCGGCCGAAAUCAAUAAAAAGGCCGAGUUCGUACGCCGAUUCAUCUACGAAUACACCGUCCUCAACCUAAUGAACGAAGAGUACCAACUAGCGCGAGGAGAAACCCCAAAAGAAGUGUUCGUCGAUGGCCGACUUCAGAAUCUUCGUUUCCAAGAAGCCUUCGAACCCCAAAUUCCAGAAGUCGCCAAGAAUCUGAGCUGUGCCACAUUGGAAGUGAAGCUCAUGGAUCAAAUGUAUAGGUAUCGAUCCGCCUACUCUAAACAAAAACUCGGCAAACCAUUGGCGGUGCCGAGAAAGAAUGGCCAAAUGAGUCCAGAUGAACUACUGGUCAUGAAUAUGGAUGUAACGGCUACUGUGUACAAUAUGGUCGAUAGUGUUGCUAGGUAAGGUCAUGGUGAAGAUAAUAAAACGUUUUUAGUUUAAGUAAGAUUAAAUAUGAAUUAUAAUGACUUGAAAUGAUUAUAUAACUAUGAAAAGUUUUAAAAAUCGUGCAAUUUGGAGGUUAGAUUGAUUAAAAAUGGCAAUAUCGACUGCACGGUGCAAAUUUUAAUUUAAAAAUUUGCACCGUGCAGUCGAUACUAAAAUUUCUGAAGUUACCACAAGCUCUGUGCAAAAAUAAAUUGUGGUUUUUGCACUGUGCAGUCAAUUUAAACGUUUUUAAAAGGGCCUUGAGACUCUAAACUAAAGAAAAUGAAAACUUAUAAUGAAUUUUUCAGGAACGAGCCCUAUAAAUCAGCAGAAGAUGAAGCGGAUGAACUUUUAAAUUCGGAUUUCCCGCUAAAAGAAGAUCUGGAUCGAAUAAUGUUCAAAACAUGUGAUCCACAUGAUCCUAAAUGUCAGCAUGAUGACGAUGGUAAGGUGUUUUAUUUGAGGAUUUUUAUGACAUUUAUUGUUGGUUCAAAAGUUUGUAGAACAACUUGCACGGUAUAUUUUUAAAAAUAUUUUUAGUUGCACCGUGCAGAUUUUAAAAUUUUUUGAACUUUUUUGAAAUUACUUGGACUUACUAUAAGAUUCGCCUAUAAAGUUAAUACAUAUCAAAUGCCAUUCCAGAUGAAACAGAACAAACCGUCAUAAUGGGCGCUCGGCUCGAGCUAUCGGACGAAGAAGAGCUGAAACAACGUCUACUUGGCUAUCUCGAAAACAACACCACGGAGCUAGCGGAACUCACCAAAAUAGCCCUAAAAAUUCGCUCCAAAGGCAUAGAAGUCGAGCAAAGACUAAACUCAACGUCAGAAGCCCGCCAGAAGCGAAGCCGCUCCACAGAACCACGCUAUCGAUGGCCAGAAGUCCUGCCUCUAUAUAAGAGACGAAGGACGCGAAGUUCGGAUGUCAAUGUGACAAACAAGGUUAAUAUCAAUAUAGGCAUGCGGUUUACAAGGGCUACAGAGAUGGAGAUUGACACUGAGAACAGUAGCACGGCUUCGAAGAAUUCGGACAAAGAGAAUAGGAACGUUGAGAGGAACGUGAGGUACAAUGGCAAUAGGUAUGAAAGGUACGGUUUUGAUGGUGUUUUGGGUUGAAAAAGUGAAUUUUUUUGGAAUUUUUUGAUAAAAAGUUGAUUUUUCGUAUCACUUUUACAUGAAAAAACAGUUUUUCAAACGAAAAAUGACCUCUUUACCCCAUUUUAGGUACCAAAAUCGCGACGUCCUGACCGGAAACUCACGCCGAAACAGCCAAAUCAGCAUGAACUUCGAUCAGAACGAUGUAGAUUUUGAAAAUCUGGAUGAAAAUCAAAUAGAAGACACCUACGAGAACCUAUCCGCAGCUUCGAAGCUCCUUGAACGUUUCAACGAUCUCAUAGUACUGAGACGACGUAUCAUAAGCGGCCUCGUAAAGCUGGUGAUGAAGAACAAAACCCAAAAAGACAUUUGGAGGGCGGCCCAAGAGCCAGGAGCGGCCGUUGACUGCCCUGAAUACACAGUACGAUCCACAGUAUCAAAACGAGUAUUACAGAAGGAGAUGCGACAGAAUAAAAUGUCAAAAUCAAUGCGAAUUCGAAUCUUGAGACAGCUGGAUCUAAUGGAGGAGAAUGAGUAUGUCCCGUACUCGGAUGUUGUUAAUGGUACUGGAGUUGGUACUGGGAUUAAUGCUGGAAAUGGUAUUGGAAUCGGUGCGGGAUCCGUUGCAGGAUAUGGUACGAAAGACAGUACAGGAGCUCCAAUUGCAAAUGCUAUACUUGGUUCUGCUCAAAAUGGCCUUGUCAACCCUCUGGCUAGUGCUUUUGGUACUGUUUUCGAAAACUCGUUCGCUAAUGGUACUGGAAACGGCCUUCUUAAUGCAAAUUAUGAUCCAACCAUGUAUGGUAUACCUACUGUCAUCGCCGAGAAUAUUAGAAAUGGCUUGGGCAUUGAUGGUACUAGAAAUGCUCUUGGUACUGUUAAUGAUAGUAGAAAUGGCCUUAGUACUGUGGACAGUAUUAGAAACGGCUACGGAGCAACAGAUAGUACUAGGAACGUUGUUAGUACAAUAGACAGUACUGACUUGGACCUAGAGUCCAUGAGAAGUCGUAUCAACACAGCUAGCACGAUGAUCGAAGUUGAUGUAGAGGAAUUGGAUUCAGAAACCGAUACAGUCUCACCGAAACGUAGCGCUCGACUUUCAGCACGAAAACUCAGUACGUCAAGGGAAAUCGAAUCAAUAACUGACAGAAGCCCACAAAAAGGCCAAGAAACAACUAAAAAUGGCCAAGAAACCAACAAAAAUGACCGAGAAUCGCUUCAGAACGGCCAAAAACAAAAGAAACGGCCGCUCGAUGAGUACACCAAAUCUCUCACAGAACCCCCAGAAACCGACGUCGCCGACAGAUCAGACAUUCUAUCCUUGGCCAAACCCACACAAACCGAACGAAGCUUCAUUCAGAAGGAGAAGCAGGACAGAAAGACGAGAAUCAAGCAGAGAAAGAUCUAUAAACAGAUGUGCGACGAAAUUAAUGGACUCGAGGUCAGUGUGCCGUUGGAGGAGACCCUCUACGAAAGGGAACAGAAGCACAUUGAUGAAGUUACAAAGGACCGACUGUUCAAUAUCGAGCUUGGAUUCAGAAGACUCAAGGUUUUGGCUUUGAAGGUAAGUUUUGGUUUUCUUUUGAAAAUAUUGAUGUAGGCCUUGAAAAGCGUGAAAAGGUAUAUAUGUUAGCAAGAUUUUAUAAUGGUAUGUUAGUUAGUAUCAAAGAUACAGCAUGUUGAAAAUACAAAAAAAUCGAUUUUCCAUGCGGAUUCGAACUUUUUUGGAUUUUUGACAUUUUCAAUCGAAUGUAACUUUAAAACCAUUGAAGAUAUCACUAUCAAAAUCACAGUAGAGAUACUAUGUUUUAUGCUCUACAAAAGCUAUUACUCAGAUUUUGAAAAAAAUGCCAUCUAAUAUUAUAAAUAAUGGGACAAACUCACCCCACUGACAAAUCACUUUUUAGACCAACUCCGUCCUCGACCCUCACACUCAUCGACGGUUUGUGGAAAGAUUGGCCGAAAUCCAAUCAGUACGACCAGAUUUACUAUUCCGACUUCGUGAUGACUUCAUUAUUGGCUACAUCUUCGACGUACCCGAAUAUGAAGCCGUUUUCCAGAAGAAACAGAGCAUCAACAACAAGAAUAUCAAGGUUCUGCCGAGCGCUGAACAGCUAGACUUUUUGUUUGAGGUAGGGUUUUUAAACAUUGAUAAUCUAAAAAUAACGGAAUUAUGAUUUUGGUCCAAAUGUUUGCAGAAAAUUUAAAAAAAUUAAAAUCAAGAUUUUGAAAAAAAAUUAAAAAUUAAAAUUUCAGUCGAAAAAAUCGAAUCCAUACCGAAAGUCGGCCUUCUCCUUACCCACCACUACUCCACAAUCAGAAGUUGAGUCCGCUCAGCUUCGCAAAUAUCGUCAACGUGAACUGGACAGAACGCCAGCUGAUCGUCUCAGUGAAUACAUGAACCUGACCUUAUCAGCAAGAUCUUUGGUCAGAUUCGUAUAUACUCGACCGGAACAAGCUCAGGAAAUGGCAUUGUUGUAAGUUUUUUAUACGAUUUGGGAAGAAAAUGUUUUAUGGGAGUGUAGCUCUGCGCCCUUGCUUGAUUCGUGGAACUGCAGGCGGCGGCAACUUUUUAUACGAUGGGUCGUGUUUUUGAGGGGUUUUGGAUAUUAUAAAGUUAAAUAUAGUAUUGUCAAGGUUUUACGAGGUCUAUGUUUUAAUUUUGUUAGAAUUUUAUAUGGAUGUAAUGUUAGAAAUGGCAUUUUUUGGCGAAUUUAUCUAAAUUUUUACGUUUCAGUGUACAACAUCCGGCGUUUGAAGUACUGAGCAAAGAGCAAGGAGACGAUAAAGGCUACCUAACUAAUGUAUAUGAUGUUGCGGUUGAAAAAGCAACGGAAAAAGUGCCGGUCGAUAAAAGGAAAUUACCGAAAUUUGCCUCGAAAGAGGAGGAACGACAAUAUUUUGAGGUAAUUUUAUUAUUUUUGAAUUUUCAUGUUGAAUUCGAUAGUUUUUAUUGAUGAAUUUGGUAUUAUUUCAAAGCUUUUAGACUGUCGAAUGUUUUAGUUUUUAUUAGGAUGCUGCAAAAGUUCUAGGAUUUUCUGCACAUUGCAAUUUGUUAAAACUUUUAAUAUUUUUUUGCUUUUUUAUACUAAAACAACCAUUUUCAGCGCCGAGCCAAGCAGAUAAAAGAAAAACUGUCAUCAUUACUCACCAUCGAGCACAAAAGAGUUGUGCUAGAGAAGCGUUGUCUUCGCACAGUGCAACGUCUUACCGGAGAACUUAAGCGCCAAGAAGACGUCAAAGACCAGAAGCGAAAAGAGUUCCAAUCAUUGUCGCAACGAUCUCGAAAUCAGUUCAUAAAACGACAAAGGAUGACCAGAUUUAAUUCCAAGACCAAAUUCGAUCCAUCAAUCUCGACCGAAGAGAACCUGGCCGCACCCUUACCUGUACCUGGCUUCGAACCUGAAGAGGAAAUUGAUAUCAAGAAGGACAAUACUCCGUUUGCAAGAGCUGUGAAGUAAGUGUUUUGGAGUGGCAGGAUGAUGUUUUGUUAAAAUUUUUAGUUAGACAUGAAUUAGACUUUAUAUAGAGUUUUAAAAAUGAGAGUUUUAAAAUUUUUAAGUUUUGUUUGCACGGUGCAAUAAAAAUUUUAAAUGUAUUGCACCGUGCAAAACAAUUUUUUGAAAUCUUUGCAAUGUGCAGUCAAAAAAAAUGUUUUAAAAUUAAAAAAUUAAAUUGAUGAUUAAAAAUGAAUUUUUUUCAGAAAUGAGAUUCUGAAUCCAACCAAAACAAAGGCCGAAAAGGACGCUAAGAAGUUGAACAUCAAGAAUAUUAGAGGUGGUAAGAGAGGCGGCCGAAGAGGUGGAAAACAGUAA